AUGGACCAACAGGGGAGAAAGCAGGCAAAACGGAGCAGAAGGAGCUCGAUCGACUCCACACAAGGUCGAUCGACCUGUACACGAGACCAAGCUCGAUCGAUCCCAUCACCGACAGGGUCGAUCGAUGCAUGCAUGGAGAGGCAGCACGAUCGAUCCCAUUCGCAGAAGCAAGCUCGAUCGAUCCCAUGCAGAGCAAGCUCGAUCGAUCCCGUUCUAUCUCAGCCGUCGAUCAACCCCGCUCAGAUGAUAUCACAGCCGUUCGAUCUACUUGGUGCAAACCGACUCGAUCGAACCACAGCGAACCGGAUUGAACCGAAGUCGACCCCGGAGCUAUUUAGACCUAUCUUUAGCCAUUGUUUAGGCUACGCCGUUUUUCAGAGUUUUACACUGUUGUUCAUUGUUUCCGAGGGAGAAGAGAUCAAACCUCUGUUAUUCACAGUUUGGAGAAGAUUUCUGAACCCUUGUUUUGCUAUUUUCUUAUUUUGA